AUGUACAUCCUGCAGUCGAGGGAAGUCUUGUUUAAGUCUUUCAAUGAGUCCUGUAUGCCUACCGUCAUCACUCUAUGGGAGCUCGGCUCCCUCUGGCUCCCACGUAAUUCGAGCACUGAUCCCUGUACUGGCAAUAUUGAUGGUGAAGGCAAUCCUGGCACUGGCACUGGUAUUGACCAUGAUUAUAAUGAUGAUGCCACCAACCACCCAGCUACCACUGCUGUUAAAAGGAGUAGAUUAGUAGUGGAAGGAGUGGAUGGCGGCCCUGGCACAAGCAGUCAAGAUGGAGGCUGGCUUCCAAGGAGUGAUGGCAACCAUGGGACUAGCGGCCAUGAUGACUACUCAUCAUAUUUAGCACUUGUGUCAACUCUUCCUGACGACUCCUCAGAUGACGAGGAAUUAAACAAGGCCAUUAUUGCCAGUAUGGAUGCAGAAAAGGUCCCGAGUCAGGAGAUACUGCUGGAACUCUCAAGCAAAAUUAUUACAAAACGACAGUGCAGGUUCAAUAUAAAUCGCUCAGCUGUCUGGGAAGGAGCCACGGGUUUCCAAAGGGUAUCCUACGACCCAAACUUGAUGAUUUCUGUAAAGUUCUCAGAUGACAUGGGGAGAAAUGAGGAAGGGAUUGAUUUAGGAGGGCCAAGGAGGGAAUUCUUGAGGCUGCUGAUGGAGACCAUUGCCAGAUCCGCCAUGUUUGAGGGAAAAGAAAACAGCAAGAACUUUGCUCUUGACAGUACUGCUCUAAGAGAGGACCGGUACUACAACGCUGGCAGAGCCAUUGCAGUGAGUUUGGUGCAUGGUGGUCCACCACCAAACUUCCUGUCACCAACAGUGUUUUCGCUUCUUGUUGAUGGUUCAGCAAAUCCAGCUGUAGAAGACAUAGCUGACCCAGAACUCCUUGAGAAAGUCAAAAAGGUAUCUGAAAGUACCACGGUUGAGGAGCUUGAGGAGUCAAAGGCACCUCUACUUGAGUACCUGGCUAAUGCAGGAUGUCUAAGGCCUGUGCAGUCAAUCAGGGACAGGGAGCUGCUGGUACAGGACAUAGUGAUGUUUCAGGUUGUCCACAGGGUCCAAGGUCCAUUUCAAAGAUUCUGUGAAGGUCUGAAGACUCUUGGGGUUCUUGAAAAAAUCAGGAGACAUCCUGACAGCUUUAAACCCCUGUUUUGCUAUGAGGCAAGAAUUCUCACUGCUGACCAGAUGGACAAUCUCUUCAGCAUUCCACUCUCUCCAGAAGGGAGCAACAAGAGAACUGCAGAAGAAAUGGUUGUAAUCUUCUGGAGAGACUAUCUCCAGGAUGCAGAAGAAGAAGAAGGGCCAUCCAAACUACAAAACAUAUUGGCCUUCGCAACAGGAGCCUCUGUGGUGCCACCCAUCGGCUUUUCCCCAACACCUUCUGUGGAGUUCAUUCACAAGGGAGAGGACGACUAUGCCUCGACACCAUUGUUCCCUAUGGCCAACACAUGUGUCAACUGCAUCGGGUUGCCGCUACAUGUGUCAUAUGAACUCUUUAAAGACAAGUUUGACUUUGCUUUAGGGAACACUCAUGGGUUUGGCAGGUCAUGA